AUGUUAGGUGAUCGAAAAACUGCUGUUUUACGAGGUGGUGCUCCCUGGGGUUUUCGACUUUCAGGCGGCAUUCACACACCUGUCUAUAUUUCUAAGGUUCGUAGUCGAAGUAAGGCAGCGCUUGCCGGUCUUACAACAGGCGAUACACUUUUAUCAAUUAACGGUGUAUCAUCAUCACAAAAGACUUUACGUGAAGUAAAUGAUGUAAUUGACACUGUUCCCGAUCAACUUAUUCUCGAAGUACAAAGUACAACAAUACAUCCUCGUCGUAGUCGACUUGAUUCAAGUUCAAGUUUAGAUACAAAAGAGAAUAGUCCUGUUCGUUCAAUACAUCGUAUAACUCCACAACGACAAUCAAUGGAUUAUCAAUAUAAUUCAUUAAAUACUGCACCUACAUAUCCAUCAUAUACUUCAACAUCGGGUUUUAAUCAAUAUGAUAAUAGUCGAGAUCAAGGUUUUAUGGAUUCAUUUGGACGUAAAACUAGUAAUCCAUUACCAGCGAUUUUUCGUACAGCUACAGUAACAUCAAAUUCAUCAUCACCUUCAACAAAAGGUCAACAAUUUAAUUAUCGUUCAGCAACUUCAAAUAAUACAUAUGAUACACCACGUAGUUAUAAUGAACCUAAGACAAGUGGUUAUAUUUCGGAUACAAAUGAUUAUCGACGUUCAACGGCUUCUUUUCGUUCAAAUAAUAUUAAAAAUUUAAAUGCUUCACACAUUGAUAAUACAAAUAAUCAACAACAAUCAUAUUAUAAACCAUCACCAACAACUUACAAUACAAAAAUAAUACAAAGUAAUGAUCAAAAUUAUUAUAGUGAUUCCGAGUGUGUUACAUCAGGUCCACGUUAUACAAAAAUUAGUCGACAAAUAAAUUCUACACGACGACCAAGUAAUAUUGUUUUACCAAUACGUUCAAUAUCAAGUAAAGCUUAUGAUGACUAUGUAUCACAAGAAAUACCGAAAGUUCAACAACAACCAUUUGAUAUGUAUCGUUAUCAACAAGAACAACGUGAGCGUCAAAGACAAGAGCAAUUACAAAGAGAAUUAUAUCAACAACAGCAAGCAGCUGCUGCUCGAUUCAAAAGGCCACCACAACUUACGUUUCCAUCUCAAGAUCAACGACGCAAAUCUGAUAGUGCCAUUAGUCAUGAGAUGGGUGCUGAAUUGCUCAAAUCACCUAUUCCAAAUAAAAAGCGUUAUGCUGAUUCAAGUUUCUUUAAGACACCAUAUAAUACUUAUCCAACUAUUGAAGAACAAAAACAAUUGGCACGAAAAAUUGCCCAUAUAUUAGAAGGAGGGGAUCCAGCUCAAAAAGGUACUUCUAAAUUUGAAAAACAACGUCAACGAGCAGAAAAAUAUGCACAUGAAACUGAAUCGACAUCAACAGCAACAACUGUAAGUAAUUAUCGACCAUUGCGUCAACUGCAAACAAAUGACAAAUUAUAUUUUGAUACAUCAAAUUUACCGGAUUGUAUUAAACAUAGUUUAGAGGAAGCUCAACAUAUUAAUCCAUUAAGAUAUGUUGGUACACCAGAAGAAUUUAAACAAAUUCAUAUGCAGGAACAUGUUACACAUACAACUGUGUCACCACAAGCAGCAAUGAGUCUCGCUGCUGCUUUGUAUCAAAAUCGUGGUAAAGGUGCUGCCUUAUUUCAAAAACGUAAAGCUCGUUCUGAAAAAUGGGUUAUUGAUGAAAAUAAUGUUAAGAAACCAGGCUAUCAACUACCAUCAAAUUAUAUUGGACCAGCAACAAAACCAUGGGGUCAACAUGCACCAUCAACAUGGUCUGCUGAUGAAAAACCAUAUUCAGGUCCUAGUUUUUCACCAAUUCGACCGAAAUUUAGUGUUCCAUCAACGCCAACUAUACCUGAGUCAAUUUUUACACCUCCACCACCAAAAAGUGUUCCGAGAUUUGGAGAUUUUAAUGCUAAACCGAAAGGUUUCAAUACUCGGAAUACAGAAAAUAUAACAUCACAAUCACCACGUACAAGUAUUGAUGUACGCAAACCACUUAAUUUAAAUACGGAACCAAGUAUUGCAGAAUCGCAUACAAGUACCGUACCUCAACCAUGGUCACCACCAUUGAAUUCUCAAUCUAUGUUUUCUCCAAAUCAACAACAGGAUAAUGAUUAUUUUAAAUAUCCAUCAACGAAUGUUCUUGGUAAAUGGAAAAAUCAAGAAUAUUCACCAUGGAAUCAACUAUAUAUAGAAGAACACAAACCAUCACAAAUACCAAUGACACGUGAAGGUGUUGAUUAUAUACGUCAACGUCUUAUGCAACAGAAUCAAUCAGUAACAACUCCACAAUAUAAAACAUAUAAUCAAUAUGUUGGCAAUAGUGCUAAUCAUAAUCUAUAUACAUCAUCUCAAGGAUCAAAACAACAGCAACAUUUUACGGAUCUUUAA